AUGGGGGAAUUAACUGCUCUAACUCCAUCGAUGGUUGAGGUGGUUGAAGAUAACACUACAACAAUAAGAUCAGCCAAUUGUUUGAGCUAUAUAGUUACCUCUCGCUCAAAGACAAACAAAACGAUAACAUUGCAACUAUUUCCCCUUUUCUUCUUCUGCUUGAUCAGUGUCUGCAAUUGUAGAUUCCAUGGCGAUAAUGGAGACGAUAAUGGCGGUUGGAAAACCGCCCAUGCCACCUUCUAUGGUGGCGAUGCCACCGGCACAAUGGGGGGAGCUUGUGGUUACGGGUACUUGUAUAGUCAAGGGUAUGGAACGAGCACAGCAGCUUUGAGCACUGCACUUUUUAACAAUGGCUUGAGUUGCGGUGCCUGCUACGAGCUUCGGUGCAACGAUGAUCCUAAAUGGUGCUUUACUCGAACCAUAACCGUGACCGCCACUAACUUUUGUCCCCCUAACUACGAUUUAUCAAGUGACAAUGGAGGGUGGUGCAAUCCCCCUCGUGAACACUUCGAUCUGGCCGAACCGGCUUUCUUGCAGAUCGCCGAAUAUCGAGCCGGGCAUCGUCCCAAUUCUCUUCAGAAGGUCAUGAACAUCAACUCAAUUCAAAUCAUCACUCACUCAUCUUAUCUUCAACAGUACUUAGCUGUUUUUUUAGCCUUUGCUUGCAGGGUGUCAUGUGUGAAAUGGGCAUUCAUACUUCAACUUGGUUCUGAUAACCAACGUGGGAGGUGCCGGGGAUAUAACGUCGGUGUCCAUCAAGGGUUCGAAAACAGGGUGGCUUCCGAUUUCCCGAAACUGGGGCCAAAACUGGCAGAGCAAUGCCUACCUCAACGGCCAAAGCCUCUCUUUCAAAGUGACAGCCAGAGAUGGCAGGACUAUUACAAACAACAAUGUAGUGCCUGGUGGUUGGCAAUUCGGACAAACAUUUGA